UUUAGUAAACAACACGUUGAAAAUUCAACAGCUGGUGGUGAAAUAGAGAAAACAACUUGGGUUUACAAAAAUGGCAUCUUCACAAAAUCAAACUUCUGCUGCUGAAAAUAUUCCAAUUGAUAUACAUUUCAACAAAUUACUAGAUUGGCUUAUCAAUCGUCGACAUUGUGACAAGGAAUGGCACACCUGCAUGGUCAUCAUCAGAAAAAAGAUUAAUCAGGCAAUACAGGACAUGCCAGCAUUAGAGGAAAUUACACAGCUUCUGGAAGGAACAUAUGUCAACUACUUUCACUGUGUUAAAAUUGUGGCAAUACUUAAGGACAGUGAGUCAGGAAAGAAGAAUAUGUUUGGGCAGUAUUCAUCACAAAAAAUGAAGGAUUGGGUGGAAAUCAUCAGGCUGUAUGAGAAAGAUGGAGUGUAUUUAGGAGAGACAGCCCAGAUGAUUGCACGGAAUGUAAAUUAUGAAGUUCCAGCUUUAAAGAAACAGAUUGCAAAGUGUCAGCAAGUACAAAAGGAAUGUGAUAAAAAAGAGACAGAUUAUAUCACCAAGGCUGCAGAAUUACGUAAGAAAUACAACUCCAGGUGUAAGGAAAUGGGAAUUGAGGGAAAUAAAAUAAAGUCCGAGUUAUCUGCCCUUGUCAAAGACCUCCCUGUGACUUUCAAUAAAAUCGCAGAUUCAACAAAGGAUUUACAGGAAGCUGUAAAGUUUUAUGGAGAUUUUAUCAGCUUUGUCAUGAACAGCCAAAAGCACCAGGAGACAUGUUUACCAAUGUUAAGAUACAUCCAGGAGAGAGGUGACACGACAACAUAUGAGUGGAGGACUGGCACCAAACCAGAGAAAGUUGAGGAAAAGGCCUUUUUAAUUAAUCUUGAGGAUGAACAGGAUCAAACGGAGGCUGUUGAAAAUAUUGAUUGGGACAUCGGGGCUGACAUGGAAGCCGACAUUGACUUUGGUGAUGACAUUAAUUUCGACAUCUCAGAAAUCACGGUAGAACAGGGAGGAACAGAGACUGAGAACCAGGAUCAGAAUACCGUGUCAGUUGAGCAAGAUAGUGACAGCAAUGGUAUUGACUGGAGCGAUACUGUUCUUGUGGAACACCCAAAUAAAGAUGAAUCCGAAGUGGGAGUGGCUAAGGGACCAGAUGCUCUCAGUGUAUUAGACAAUCCCACCACCCGUACACAGUUCAUGGAUGAUCUCAUGGAGUUAGAAGCCUUCUUGACACAGCGGAUCUGUGAGAUGGAGGGGAGCAGUGACUCAGAUAUUGUCAGCACUAGUCAGUUCCAGAAUGGUCCAUCGUCGGUACAGGUUGAGCAAAGCAAGGUCAUAACCAUGGCAUCCAAGGUUAAAGAUAUCUUUGAUCAACUGACUUCUGUAAAAAUGCAUCACCUGCUGUUGAUAAGGAAUUCACCAAGGUAUGUGGAACGUCUCAAAGACUCCCUCAAACAGACAUUGUCACUGGCAGACAAGAUGGUAUUUUACGAGAAGGAAAUGAUUGUGAAAAAGAAAGAGGUUUUGGAGGAACAGAGGCAGCUUGAACCAAAACUUGAUGUCAUCAUUCAGAAAACGAAGGAGAUGCAGAGACAGAUGGAAGGAGAAAUCUCGUCAAAGUACAAGAAUAGACCUGUGAAUAUCAUGGGCGAGAUCAACAUGAUAUGAUAUAUGUACAUCAAAACUGAGAAAUGUUCUUGUCUGAUUGCUGUUUGAUCCAAAUGAUGAUCAAAUCUUCAAAUAAUUUCUUUUCUUUCCUUAAUAUUUACCCGGCACAGGAGUUUUAUUAGUAAAUUUUGAGGAUAUCCAGAACACUACACGAAGUUCAUUCAACUCAUUAUUGAACAUUUAAGCUAUAGGAAGAAAGACACAGUAUCAGUUAUAUAGGAAACAUGAAGCAUUGGAUUGACAUGGACGAAGAUAAAAGUAUCGAAGAGAGCAAUAUAUAAUAAACAAUUGUUUAAAAUGAAGAAAUUAAGGAUUUGUUUCACAGAACUGUGGGGCAAACAUAAAAUGUAAUAUUGAUGUCAAUAUAAAAACAAUAUAUAAAUAAAAUAAAUAGUGUUUAAUUACCUACCUAUCUAACAACUUUAGGAAGUUAGGGGGAAAUUGUUGUGUAAUGGAAUUUGUUCUCCCUCAUGAUCGUAUCAUUUCAUUUUUUUGAGAGAGAAUGUGUUGUGAACAUAUUAAAAUCAUUGUAUAGUUAUUGAUACAUUUCAAUGUUUAGUCCAUCAGUUGAUCUAUGUUGUAGGAAAAAGGUGUGAAUUUUAUAUACAAUUUCCAGUAGUUAUUCAUGAUUGUGAAAGUUAUAAAAAGAUCAGUUAAUUUCCCAUAUUGGAUGGAGCCGUGAAUGUGUGGGAUUUGGUGAGAAAAGAUUUUGUACCAGUUACAAUAUAAACAGUAAAGGUAUGGUAAUAGUUGUUAAUAUGGCUGUGUUUACAAAUGUUGGACAGAUUGGUGCAGAACUUAUGCUACUGAGUGUGAGUAUGUAUGUGUGCUGUGAGUGUGAUCAGCUUGUGUAAUUGAGUGUGAGUAUGUAUGUGUGCUGUGAGUGUGAUCAGCUUGUGUAAUUGACUGUGAGUAUGUAUCUGUGGUGUGAGUGUGAUCAGCUUGUGUAAUUGAGAGUGAGUAUAUAUGUGUUGUAAGUGUGGUAAGUUUGUGUUACUGAGUGUGUAUACUUGUGUGUUGUAAGUGUGGUAAGUUUGUGUUACUGAGUGUGUAUACUUGUGUGUUGUAAGUGUGGUAAGUUUGUGUUACUGAGUGUGUAUACUUGUGUGUUGUAAGUGUGGUAAGUUUGUGUUACUGAGUGUGUAUACUUGUGUUUUGUGAGUGUAAUACUGAUGUUUGCUGUUAUAUUUUUGAUUUAUUUAAACUUGUACAUAGUGUAUAAUGUAUUUAAAUCACUAUAUCAAGAGGUACAUGGGGCCUGCAUUACAGAUUUUGUUCUGUCUGUAGUUGUGCACUGUACAAUGUCUGCUGUUCAUAAACUUUUAACAUUUUAAGCUUCUUUUCAUGUCUGAUUUGUAGGAUUUUGCACAAAAGUAACUUGGAUUGUCCCCAGUUUGUCCAGAACAAGUCUUCAUUUUUUUUUUUUUUGAAUAGGUCAAAAACCCAAUAUGACCACUUUCUUGAAAAAUCAUUUAAAACUUCUUCAGUUGCACAAGUGCUUUUGAGCUAAAAAUAUGUCAGAAGUUUGAAAGAGAAGGAUGCAGACAAUGUUUUGUUAUUUUCCGGCCUCAUUAAAACAUAUAACAAGAUUGCACGCCAUUGGCAAAUAGUUUUCCAGAACAGCACCUAUUUUAAAUUUCUCAAGUUCCCUAUUUUGAAUGAAGCUGAAGCUUUCCAGGAAUGGUCGGUGUUGUUACUUUCUGGAUACAAUAUAUUCCAAAAUUCAAUAUGGCUGCCAUUUGAAAAUCAUAUUUUCAACUUAUUUUAAAAUUUGGUGGAGUCAUUGUGCUGACUCUUUUCAAAAUGUUGAAAUCAAGAGAGCCUUUUUGAUUUUUGUCAUAUUUUCUGCUAAACUGAGAAUUUUUAAACUUUUCUUUAAACACUAUUACUUUAAUAUAGUCGUCCAUUUUGGAAGAAGAUUCAUUGUUCUUGCUUAUCUAUUAUUACAGUUUACGUGUUAAUAUCAUCAGAUUUAGGGCUGUUGACCUAUUGUAAAAUAUUUUAUUUGAAAAAAAAAAAAACAUUUCACAUGUGAGAUCAUUAUAACAGAUAGCAUUUAAGGAAGUGUUUUUGCUUGUUAAGCCUUUUUUGUGGAAGAGUGCAGAUGGAAACGCUAUUUAUUAAACUGUUUGAUCUCUUUCUGUCCUGCACCUUAGUUAUACUUGAAAUCAACAGUGACUUGCAAAUUCAUCCAAACAAACAAGGAGCUAUUUUAAAGGAUAUGAAAUCUGCGGUUUGGAAACUUCCUGGUACAAGUUUUGAGUGGAAAUGUGAGAUAACACACAAUGUGGUAAUUCCUAUCAUGUCCUUUACAAUUGUACCAUGAAUAAAAACUGUUUAUAGUAGUGUCCUAACUGUGUGAAAUGGAUUAAUAAGGAAAUGAAAAUUUCAAAUGUCAUGUAUCGAAGAUAUUUUGGUGGUGAAUAUAUAGUCAUGAAUUUUGAAAAUAAAAGAUUAUAUAUUGAUUUACAAUAUACGUGUGUUAAUCCGAAGACAGAACAAAGGAAUACUGAAUUGUGGAAAAGAGACCAAUCAACUUAGAUUAAUGUAUUUGAUGGCUGUAGACCUGGUGUUCAACUUUGCUUGAAAAAUAAAAUGAAAAUUUCCUUGAAACUAGGAACAUUUUGCUCAUUACAGCAAACUUGUUUUAAAGCAAUAAUUUGACUGAGCUAUCCCAAAAUCUGUUAUACCUUCAAAUUGUGAUAAGAUUUAUGGUAUAUGAAAUAAAUACAAACUUUGAUUAA